UAAUCACUUCCAUCGUAGAUUUUCAAUCCUCACACUUUUUUCUUCUUCUUCUUUGCUGCUUCCUUUUGGUAAGCAGUGUCCACUCACCUUUCCAUUCUUUCUCUAUACUCGUUGUUAGUGACUCAUCUACCUGCCGUUACCCCUUCACUGCCUUUGUUUGAAAUAGCCAGAGCCCCAAACCCGCAAGUAGAGUUAUUUCUAUUGCAUUUUGUCCGAAAUUGUAUAAUAUGUCCUCCCGCCAAGUCCCCCUUACAUGCCCUGGCCACACACGGCCUGUUGUAGACGUUGCCUUUAGUGGUAUAACGCAGUAUGGUUCCUUUCUGAUAAGUGCAUCAAAAGAUGGUCAACCCAUGUUACGAGCUGGUGACACUGGCGAUUGGCUUGGUACAUUCGAAGGCCACAAAGGUGCUGUGUGGAGUGCUACCCUAACAGAAGACGGAGAACGAGCUGCGACUGGAGCUGCCGACUUCACCGCGAAGUUAUGGGAGGCAUCCACUGGCGUGCAUCUGGCUACUUUUGCCCACCCACACAUCGUCAAGGCGGUGGCCUUCACGAAUGACAAGACAAGGCUAGUGACCGGCUGCCAAAAUAAACAAGUCUAUAUCUGCAGCUGUGAAAGGCCUGAUGCAGAAAAGCAAUUGCUGAAGAAACAUAAUUCCAUGGUAAAGCGUGUUUGCUGCGGUCCCGGUGACAACUUGGUUUUCAGCUCUUCAGAAGAUAGCUGCAUUGGUGUUUGGGACCUCCGCAGCAACCAGGAAGUACAGUCGCUGCCCACCACCAACGCAGUGACCAGCUUGGAAUUGUCGCGUGACGGAAAUCAUUUGACUGCCUGUCACGACAGAAUUGUCACCGUGUACAAUGCUGCAACGUUGGAGCCCAUCAAGGAGCUGCAGAUGCCCAGCAAAAUGUACUCCGCCACUCUUCAUCCAGCAAAUGAGAGUGUCGUAACAGGUGGAGAAGACCUGCAAAUCUACAAGUUUGAUUAUGCCACAGGAGAACAACUAGAGGCGUACAAAGGUCACUUUGGUCCUAUUCACGCUGUGAGGUACUCUCCUGAUGGUGAAGUGUACAGUUCCGGAUCUGAGGAUGGCACCCUUCGUCUCUGGCAAAACACAGUAGGAAAGACCUAUGGCCUGUGGGUGGCCGAGGCAUUGGCGCCAGAGGCUGCCAACACAGCAUCCUAAUCUGCUCAUGGACGGGUGACCAAUUCUACUUGCAGCUCUACUAUCGCUUACCUCGUUGGUCUGCUUUUUAAUUAAAUGAUUUUUCGUUAUGCCCUGGCGUUUCUUCAAAUUCAAGCUGUGGGUUGGUUGUCUCGUCCUUUUGCCAUGUUCUUUUGUUCCUGAUUCAGUCCUAUUACCACCUCCAAGAUUUUCAUUUAAUUUUUGUACAACCUAUGUGAAGAGUAAAAUUUUGGUGAAUUAUAAAAUCUGUCAGUCUGUACAAUGUAGCACAAUUUAGUUCUGUUUUUGUCCACAUGUUCUCAGUUUGCGCUAUGUCCAAUGCCACGUGCCGUAACUGGACAAAUGUGUCCACAGCGUCGGUCAAGUCGUAGUUAAGUCCUAUUCCGCCGUAACUGUGCGUGUGCACUGGCAGCGCCGCAAUACCCUAACUGGCAUGUAUUGCGUGUCCAGUGGGCUGGACUUCAAAAAAAGUGUGUGUCGAGUACUAGUAUGACACUGAUCGCAGAUUGCGUGACUUUCGCAGUAUUUAUUUAUAAUGCCAUACGUGUUUCAUUCGAUUUGGAACUUGUUUGCCGUGUGAAGACUGCUUUCGUCGGGGCGCUUGUGAGAUCUCGGAAGGCUGCUCUCUGGUUGUUUUCAUGUCUGCUUUGUUUGUUUUUUUGUCCGUUUCCCAUUCUCUCUGCUUACUCCUUUCUCGUUUGGUUAUCCCACUCAACGGUUAUCCCACUCAACUUCUUAUUUGUUUCCUCCAUGUGUAUUCAGGGCUAUCUCUAGUCCUGAUGCCAAUUUGUAGCAUAAAAUAUACUCAAAAACACCA